CACGGCAGAGGAAGUGGGAGACCAGGCGGAAUUGGCGGGCAUCUCCACCCGGAGCGGCUCCACCAUGUCGAAGGUUUCCUUUAAGAUCACGCUGACGUCGGACCCGCGGCUGCCUUACAAAGUACUUAGUGUUCCUGAAAGUACACCUUUCACAGCAGUCUUAAAGUUUGCAGCAGAAGAAUUUAAAGUUCCUGCAGCAACAAGUGCAAUUAUUACCAAUGAUGGAAUAGGAAUAAAUCCUGCCCAGACUGCUGGAAAUGUUUUCCUAAAGCAUGGUUCAGAACUGCGAAUUAUUCCUAGAGAUCGUGUUGGAAGUUGGUAAUAUCUGCUACCUGGAACAUAAGAUGACCUUUCCAAAUAAAUAUUGAUGCAGCUACAAGAUUGGUACCCUGCUCUUCUGACCAGAUUGUUGCCCAUAAGCCCCUCCAAUACAGAAAUUCUGGAACUACCCUCUGAUAAUACUAGAGAUAGAUAGAUCAUUCUUUAAAUCAGGCUGUGUAGUUAAACCAUUCUAUUUGAAAUAAACAUUCUCAAAAGGUUUAGCCUAUCCAAUCUAUUAGCUACAGCCUCCAAAUUGCCUAAGCCAGGUAUUUGGGACUCAUUAGAUUUUUUUUUCCUUUCUUUUGCCAUAGCAAACCCAUCACAAGAUUCUAUUCCAUUUACAAAAUCUGUCCAAGGUCUGUAAUUAAAGCCCUCAUCCUCUCAUAAAUGCUAUUAGAAAAGCUUGUAGUCUCUCUGUUCCCUCUUUCACACUGUUGUUGUAAUGAGGUUUUUGGCAUGGAAAUACGAUUGUGUAGUUCCACUAGUCAAAAUCCUGCUGAAUAAAAAUCUAUAUAUGACAUGUGAGAACCUUCAUGAACUGCUCUUCGUUCAGAGUCAUCUGGUACCACGACUGAUUUGCACUGCAGCUACACUGAACUACAGAUAUUUAUUAUCUCCAUUGUGCCAUGGUCUCACACCUCCAUGCCUCUACUUUCUCCAGUGGUCCUCCUGAAAAAUCCAGGAUUGAUUCUUCAAGUUUAAAAGCUGGGGAGCCUUUCCUCACUCCUCCCGAGCAGAGCUAGGUUGUUUAACUCUCCAAGCAACCAUUGCAUUUUGGACAUUCCCCCAUUGUAGCAAUUGUUAAAUACAGAGUUAUAUUUGUCUCUGAUUUAAAGUAUAAAUUUUAUAAAAGUGUAAGAUUGUGACUGAAACAGGAUUUCCAAAUUACCUUGCCCAUAAUAGAUAAUAAAUACUUUAUGAUCAAAAGACUACAGAAGAGAAUAAAAACUUUGAAAAUCCCAACAAUUUGUGGCUCAUGCCUAAUAAAUUCUUUUGCUAGAAUAUUUGGUUAAUGAAUAUAUUCCUCACCAUUUCUUGUAGUAGAGAAUUUACUCUUGACUCAGAAAUGAAUUAAUCGCUCUUCUAAAAGUGAAAAGCAUUCUCCCAUUUUUAACAAAUAUAUAUUAAUUAUUAGCUGUAUCAAGGGAAUUGCUAAAUGCUGGAGAUGAAAUAUAAUCAAGACUCAUUUCCUUUUCUUUGGGUCCCCAAAAUUUACACAUUUCAGAAACAGCAAAAUCUGAAGAUGUAAUUACAUGGAAAUAAAGAUGUUUAUCAAGCCCUUUUUUAAUGUGCUGGGCACAGUGCUAGGCACUUCACCAUCAUAAUCUCAUCUAAUCCUUAAUCUCUGUACAAAAUGCUGAUGUUAAUUUUUUUUUCUUUACUGUUAAGAAAGCCAAGAUUUAGGUUAAUGUGUCCAAAGUUAGAAGGAAAUUGGCUCCUAGGGCUAUAUGAUUAUGAAGUCUACCCCCCAAAUCAUUACAUGUUUGCUAUCAUUUUCCUAGAACUAUAUUGAAAUAUUUCUCCAAGAUGAAAAAGGGUACUUCACAGGUUGCUUUUGAACAUUUCUGUGAUCUCACUUGGCUUGAAAAAUUUAACAUUCAAUAAUCUGUAUAGAUGCACUUAGACUCUUUUUCAGUAUAUAUAUAUAUAUGUAUAUAUAUAUAUACACACACAACAAAGAAUUGUGAACAUUCGAGAAGUAGGUUUAUGGCUCUAUAAUCUGCUUUGCUAUACAGAGGGUGUUGUGGUAAUUUUGUCUUUGGAUGCAAAACAGCGGCCAAGGUUGGCAGACAAACACAGAGAGCCAGUUUUUGGCAUAAAUCUCUUGAUUUUCUGGCAAAACUCGUUAGCAAUGUAAAAACUGUUGUUGAGAGCAUAUUGUGAUGAUACAUCAUGUCAAUAUUUGUUUGGCUGUGUAACACUGGAUUUAAUAAAUUAAUUCUUAAAUGUACAAUUUACAACUGAUGAGCUGUUUUAGAAAUAAACUGUAUGUGGUACGUGUUGUCAGUGCC